AUGCUAAACUCGCUUUUUAUCAACCACCAAGACCAAAAGGAAGCUCUGGCCAUCGAGCGGAGACGACGGUUCGAAGAAGCACGCAAAGCACGCAUAUUCAAUGCAAGACGGCGUGUUAUUGGGGUUGACGUCGAUGCUCUGGGGUACCAGGUGCAAGAAAAGCACGAAGCUGAACAGGCCGAAGCGGAAAAACAACGCAAACUUGCCGAGGAAAUUCACCGGCAGGAACAGGUGGUACAGUUAAAACAGUACGAACAACGGCAGGAACGGAUACGGUUGGAGAAUGAGCUGAAUCGCUUUCGCGCUUCCCAUCAAAAACCGGAGCAAUCUCGCGAUUUUGACCUUUUCGAUCCGCAAGGUUUGAGGAAAUCUCUACCGGCACGCAUUGGCGAUGAUGAUCCGCGGUUGAGCGUUUCCGGGGCGCAAAAGUUCGAUGGAGAAGAUCUCGCCGAGCGGCACCGGCGAAAGGUACAAACUGAGCAACAACGCUCCUGGCUGGAACAGCAGAUCAGAGAGAAACGCCAGGCCGAAAUCGAUCGCCGUGCGGCCGAGAAGUUCCUCGAGGACACGUUGAUUUCUCGGGAAAAUCGACUCCACCAGCUUGCCUCCCAGGAGCGCUACGCGAGAGAGAAAAUCCACGAAGCGGUCAAUGAGUUUAAUCGCAGACUGAUGAGCGAACAGGAGAAACAGCGGAUGCGCCGGGAACGCGAGGAACAGGAGGAUAAUCUUGCUGAAAUCUACAACAACCUGACCAGCGACGUUUUGACGGAAAAUCCGGAUGCAGCGAAGAGUAGCUUUGGACCGAAUCGUGUUAUCACAGCCCAGUACAAGGGUAUGUCCCCGGAGGAGAUCGAGCAGAUACGUCGAACGCAGCAGUUGCAGCUUGAGGAACUGAAGCGCAAGCGGCAGAGUGAGGCCAACACGAAAGAGUCCUGGGACCAGUUGGCCAACGGUUUCGACCGCAUGGCGACUGCUAAGGAGCGUGAACUUAACCGCAGGCGUCAUUCCCUUGCCGAACAAAUACGCCAAGAAAACCAUUUGCUCUCACUCGAGCAACAACGCAAACUGGACCAUCUCGAUAAGGUGAUCUACCAGAACAAGCCCACUCAGGCGUAUUUUGACCAAUUUAACACCUGUUCACGAUGA